AUGUCCUCCAGCUCACCGAGCGGGGGACUCGCCCACGCAGUCACCGGAAAGCUGUACAAGAAGAACUCCGUCUCUUUCAGCGAACAGUUGGAAAGUGAGCUAGCAUCGCUGAGCAUCGCCACCGCGACGGUCGACGAGGAGGAUCCGGAAGCUGAGCGCGCCAGCGACGAUGCCGGUUCGGCGAGCGGCGGACUAGCAUCGAGGGACGGACAGUACCUGUCGGUGCCGCGGGUAGACGACGCGGGCGACGAAGCGGUACAGCUACUGGGUAAAACCAUCACCAACACCACCACCAACCCGUCCAUUCUGAGCGGCAGUAGUAAGAGCAUGCCUCCCAAGUACGCGAGCCAAAGCCACCAUCUUAGCCACAGCCAUCACAACCACCAUCACCACUCCAACACCAUGCUGGAUCAGAUCCCGGAGGAUCUGGAGUCGAAGCGGAACGGUGGCACCAACGAUGUGACGUACCCUUCGCCGAGGCGGCUGUCCAUAGUGCCGCCGGAUGCGUCGGGAACUGGCGCUAGCCACAGCAAACCGUCGCUGAUGGCGGCGAUCAGGCGUGGUUCGCUGGCGUGGCUGCCCGGCCGCCGGCAACACAACAUCGAGCUCGAGUCCAACAUGGGCAGCAAGGUGUCGCUCAGCCAGCUGCCGCCCUCUAGCGGACCCUUCAGCGAGCAGGCACUAGAGUCACGCCGGAAGAACCGCAGAUUUGGCGACGACGCACUGAGUACGGCGCUGUCGGCACUGUACGCCAAGAUCAUCGUCAUUCUGGGAAUCGCGCUGCCCGUCACGGAGAUCCUCUCCUCGCAGAUCCCGGCGAACGUCUACCAGGGCUUCUACCUGUUUCUAUACACGGUCAGCAUCGUGUUUGUCAUCUUCGUGUACGCCUCCACCAUGCGCCGGCGUGCGGUCAUGACUCUCAUCAAAAACUACCACGCCAAAACGAACAGCACCGGCGGGUCGACGAAGAAGCGCGUCCCGCACUUCGGCAGCUUCUAUCUGCGCGUCGGUGCGAUCGCCUUCGGCAUCGGCACCAUGGUCUACUCCGGGCUGGAGUUUGGCCAGUACUUCGAGCUGAACGCGUCGCCCGGCUGCUCGAGCAUCUUCAUCGCGCUGACACCGGCCGCCCGCAUGCUGCUGUCGCUGGUGCAGAUGCAGUUCAUCUUCCUCAACACGUCCGAGCUGGACAUGGCCCGGCACAAGGUGUUCGCCCGCUUCGGCCUGAUGCACAUGGUGGCGACGAACCUGUGCGAGUGGCUGUACGUGCUGGUCGAGGAGACGAAGCACGAGAUUCACCAUCUGGCGCACUUGGCGCACCACGCGGUCGCCGGACACCACCAGGACUCCGCGGCUAGUCAUGGAUCGGUGGCGAGCACAACGCAUGCUCCAAACGCCAGCGUUGUUGUCAGCACGCCGGAAUCGUCGUCCGAGGAGUUGCUGGAUCAGGCCGCGGGAGCCCUCGUGAACCACACGGUGGUGCGGCGGGCAGCAGGCGAGUCGGGGGAGUACGUCGACUGUCAGCGGACGAACAUCAUGGGCUCGCUGGUGCAGAACGUGUCGCCUUUCCUGUUCCCGUGCACGAUCGAGUACUCGCUCAUCUGCGCGGUCAUCCUGUACGAGAUGUGGAAGAAGGUGAAGACGAUCGCCGAAAUCGACCGGACGCGCCGCAGCUCUAUCAAGGUGCAGACGGCCGGCGGCUCGAAGAGUGCGCACCACUUCUCGGUCGACUGCUCCCGGGCGCACCGGGGCAUGUUCGGCGGCAUCCUGCUGACGGUGCUGACCAUCAUCUGCCUGAUCAUGUACUUCGUGCUGUACGACGAGCCCGGCUACGAGUACUUCGCCAUCCAGGAGGUGACGAUCGCCGAGACGCUGAUGUACACGGUGACGGCGGUGGCGGUGCUCGUCGCCAUGCUGAAGAUGCGCGACCUCAAGUACCAGCGCCGGAAGAACGAUCACCACGCCGGCUCGAUCAGCCUCGACUGCACGCUGCUGGUGCUCGCCCAGACCGGCGUCUACGUGUACGGCAUGUUCAGCAUCGUCGGUAGCUACUUCUCGAUGCAGCAGGACGUUCUGGGGGCACGCGAGGCGCUGGUCGCCGAGCUGUUCAGCCUCAUCCAGACCUCCAUCCAGACGCUCUUCAUCCUGAACGCCGUCUGGCGUCGGUGCCGCGGCGCACAGCAGAACCGCACCAAGCCCGGCCGCGAGAUCGUCACCUUCCUGCUCGUCGCCAACAUGGCGAUGUGGUUCAUCAACACGCUGAUCAAGGGACGGGCCAGCUUUCGGCCGUCGCAUCUGGACUUCUUCGGCACCUGGGCCUGGACGGUGAUCACGCACGUCUCGAUGCCGCUAGCCAUCUUCUACCGCUUCCACUCGACCAUCUGCCUCUUCGAGAUCUGGAAGUCCACCUACAAGGUUAAAAUCUCCGAUCACCACUGA